GUCAUAGAAAGAGAUUUAUUCAUUUCUUAUGUAUCUAUGGUUCACAUUCUGAAUUUUUGUGAACGUAGUCAUGCUGGUGUUAGACAUUUGUUCCGAAAGGUUCCAAGAUUGAAACAAAAUUGGUAUACUUUUUCUGUGGUUUUAACUAACCUAAAUGUAAAUGUAUUGAGGUUAUACGUGUAUUAUUAUCAUUAAAAUAAUAGUUAUUAACUUGGACGUCCAAGGUUAUUAAUUUGUUUACUAAUUAAAUUGAUAUAAUUAAGAACAAGGAAAUACAGGAAAGGUUAUUAACCAAGAAAUGGAUGUUAAAAAUGUUAAAGAAGAAAUUGAUAUACAAGAUGAUUUUGUGUCGAAUAUCCAAAUAAUAAAACGAGAAUUAAUUAACGAAGUAUCUGCAAUGAAAAUUCAAAAUACAAAUGAACAAGUAAAUGCAAUUCACUCAAUCAAACAAGAAAUCAACGAUGAUUUGAAUACAACUACAAUAUUUGAUAAUAAUGUAGAUGUAACUAAAAGGGACAUUCUCAGUACUCAUAUCAUUAAAAACAAACCAGGAUAUUCAAAAGAUGCCCAUAGAAAAGGAAAUAAAUCAAAAGUUACAGGACUGAUGAGAGAUGGAAAAUGUUGGCAGCCAAAUGCUAUAGGGUUAAUGAUAUGUGUAUAUUGUGGGAAUUUAUACACGAAACAAGUGGAAUUGUUGUGGCACUUAGCAAUGAAUCAUUGUAUAAAACUAAACAAUUUUUAUAAAAUGAAACUUCAUCAUAAACAUAAAAGUGAUAAAUGUAUUAUGAAGAAUCUUGAUAUAAAAGAUGAAAGUGAAAUAGUUGAACAUGAAUUGAAAGUGGAGCUGCAGGACACCACAAACCAAUUAGAUAUUACCAAUAAUUUAAAUUCAAAUGUACAUAAGAGUUUGAAAUCCAUUCAAACUAAUUCAAAUAUGCUUUCACAUACUUACACAAGGGCAAAACCAUAUGACUUUGGUAGGAAACUGUACUCUUAUAAAAGUAAAUAUAUGCAUAAUCACAUGGGAGAAAAGCCAUUCAAAUGUGACAUUUGCUUGAAAACUUUUCCAAUUAGGAGUAGUUUGAAGAGACAUUUGCAUAGUCAUACAGGAGAGAAGCCAUUCAAAUGUGAUAUUUGUUUAAAACCAUUUGCAUGGAAAAUUAAUUUGAAGACACAUUUGCGUAGUCAUACAGGAGAAAAGCCAUAUAAGUGUGAUAUUUGUGGUAAAACUUUUUUACAAAAAAGUGGCUUAAAGAUACAUUUGUAUAAUCAUACAGAAGAAAAGCCAUUCAAAUGUGAUGUUUGUUUAAAAACUUUUUCAUAUACAAGUCACUUGACAACACAUUUGCGAAGUCAUACAGGAGAAAAGCCAUUCAAAUGUGAUAUUUGUUUGAAACAAUAUUCACGGAAAAUUAAUUUGAAGAUACAUUUACGUAGUCAUACAGGAGAAAAGCCAUUUAAAUGCGAUAUUUGUUUGAAACCAUUUUCUCAGAAAAUAAAUUUAAAGUCACAUUUGUGGAGUCAUACAGGAGAAAAACCAUUCAAAUGUGACAUUUGUUUGAAAACUUUUUUUAAUACAAGUAAUUUGAAGACACAUUUACGUAUCCAUACAGGAGAAAAGCCAUUCAAAUGUGACAUUUGUUUGAAAACUUUUUCAGAUAGGAGUAAUUUGAAGAGACAUUUGGGUAGUCAUACAGGAAAGAAGCCAUUCAAAUGUGAAGUUUGUUUUAAAACCUUUUCACAGUCCGGUGAUUUAAAAACACAUUUGCGUAGUCAUACAGGAGAAAAACCAUUCAAAUGUGAAAUUUGUUGGAGAACUUUUUCCUAUACAACAAGUUUAAAUGUACAUAUGCGUAUUCACACAGGAGAAAAGCCAUUCAAAUGUGGAAUAUGUUCAAAAACUUUUUCUCAGACGAGUAGUUUAAGGACACAUUUGCGGAGUCAUACUGGAGAAAAGCCAUUCAAAUGUAAUAUAUGUUUGAAGACUUUUUCACAGACGAGUAAUGUGACGAUUCAUUUACGUAGUCAUACAGGAGAAAAGCCGUUCAAAUGUGACUUUUGUUCUAAAACUUUCUUUGAUACAAGUAAUAUGAAGGCACAUUUGCGUAUCCAUACAGGAGAAAAGCCUUUCAAAUGUGAUGUUUGUUUGAAAACUUUUUCAGAUAGGAGUAAUUUGAAGAGACAUUUGCGUAGUCAUACAGGAAAAAAGCCAUUCAAAUGUGACAUUUGUUCAAAAAGUUUUUCAGAUAAAGAUAACUUGAAGACACAUUUGCGCAUCCAUACAGGAGAAAAGCCAUUCAAAUGUGACAUUUGUUCUAAAACUUUUUCAGAUAGGAGUAAUUUGAACAAACAUUCACUUAGUCACACUGGAAAAAAGCCAUACAAAUGUGAAACUUGCUUUAAAACUUUUUUACAGUUCAGUGAUUUCAAGAUACAUUUACGGAGUCAUACAGGGGAAAAGUCAUUCUAAUGUGAGAUAACUCUGAAAAUUUUAUGAGUAUUUUGAAGAAACUUUUACAUAAACACACAGGAGAAAAACCAAACAAAACUAUUAUUUUUGUUUAAAAACUUUAAAAAUUUAAAAAGCCAUAUGUUUGACAACAUUUUCAUUGAUAAAUUGUUGAUAGAUAUUUACAUACAGGAGAAAAUACAUUCAUUUAUGACAUUUGUUUGAAACAAUUUUCUAAUAUGUUAAUUAAAAAACUAUAUAGAAUAAAAAAAAGGCAAAGUAAUUAAUUUUUUGAUAUAAUCAUGAAAUGAGCCCUGUACACAAUAUUCUCCAACAAAUAGAAAUCUGUGAAUUGUGAAGCAUGAAAAUAGAUGGCGACGCAGACUGGAUUGAAGAAAAAUUGAAAAACUUUUUUGUAAGUUCCUAAACUCAAGAUAUUCGAGAAGCAAAUGGUUGUUUUAACCACGCUAUUAUUAGCUUCACUUGUAUGUGGGUUUGUUUGUAACUCUCCUUUGUGCCUUAUUACUGUUAGUAUAUCCCACCGCUUCAAUUGCAUAUUUUUUCUAAUAAAACCCUUUUUCGGAACCAGUCCCUUUAUUUAAUAGCCAGACCUCGUAUAUAAUGGUUGUGGAAUUUGACUUCCUCAUUUUUUCGUCCAUUCUAUAUUGAAACCGAACGCGACGUUCCUUACGAUCGGUGAUCUAUUUGAUCUCUGAUCAUAAUUUCUUCAGAAAUAAUACUCUUUCAAGACUGGUGGAAAAAACGAGAAAGAUUGAAUCGGGAUGAUAAUGCCUUUGCGCAAAUAUGUAUUUACAUGCUUCUAAUAUACUUUCAUUUAUAUAAAGCGUCUUUGCCAAAUUACUAAAAGGAUUUAAAUUACUGUCAAUAUAAUUAUUACAUCGCAAAUUAAGAUCUAAAAUCAAAUUCAUAUGAUGAAUGUACAUUUAGAUAUAUUUCAAGUAUAAAGUCCCAAUAAUUAUGUUUUUUGAAUGAAAUGUCGUAAUUUAGAACAUAUAUGUCGUAAUUUGUACCGGGCAAGUGGCAACACUGCUACGCCAUUUUGUUUCUAAAAUGUCUUUGUGUAGCUGUUACGCUUUUAAUUCCGUAUUUUUGUUUGUUAUAUUAGUUUUAUUGGUAAUAUUUGUGAAAAAUGCUGUAAAUCAGAUCUUUUUUGCUACGUACGUACCAAAAAAUUAUGAUGCGCAGAUGAGUUUAAUUAUCAAUUAUCAUCUUUCGAGUUGAUGUAUCGGUUGUUUUAAGAAUACAUUUUUUGUUUAUUGUUACCGUUAUAUCAUUGUUCAAUUUUUCAACAAUUAACAUUAAAGUUAAUGAUUAUGUCUGCCAAAUAGAUUUUUUGUCAAUUUUUCUUCUCGACUGGAUUCGUUUAUUUAUCCUUCUAUACCAGCCUAAUAGCAAUAUUAAUUUACAAAAAAUCUAAAAGUACUAAAAAUAAAUUCAGUUGCAGACUGUACGUUAAAUGGACUAAGUUCUUUAUGACAAUAUUGUAUGUAUAUGCUGAUUUCUAUUCUUAUACUGAUUAAAUGCACGAUUAAAUAAAUAAAAAAUGAUAAACAC